GCAUAAAGAGGUUAACUGAAAAUUAAAUGGGCCGAGUGCGGCUUAAUUCUUUUUAAAGGAAAAAUUAAUAACUCUUUUCAGGACAUGGCAUUAAAUUUCCGCACUCUAGGUAAUAAGUUUACGCCUUUAGGCUCGUUUAUCACCGCUAGAAAUAACAUAAUUAACGUAGAGAAGAUCGCCAAAGAUAUUCCAACAUCAUCUGAUAGGUUAGGUCAGGUUGGAUUUAGAACACUUUCAAAUUAUGUAUUGAAUAGCAACAAUUAUGUAGACAAACAUUCAACCUCUCUUAUAAAUGCAAAUGCAGAUGAACAAAUGCUUUAUAGCACCAGUCCUGAAUCAAUACGAAAUUGUAUUGUUGCUAAAGCUAACCCUUCAAAUGAAAAACCCAACCCAGAGAAACUUGAGAAUAUCUAUAAUGUUCUUAGCGAGUCAUUACCUAAAUUAUUUAUUCAACCAAUGGAUUAUAGCAUCUAUUCCCCGGAACUUAUUUUUGAAAAUAAUAUUAGAGGAACUCGCACUGUGGGUUUGUACAAUUACGUCAAACAAAUUGCUUUGUUGCGUACUGUUGGUCAUCUGAGGUACGCUUACGUUAAGUUUGAGGUGCUUAAAAUAACCCAAAACCCAGAAGACUCUUCCGUGAAGGUUCGAUGGAGGAUUAGAGGUAUUUCUGGGUUACGAGUAAUGGUGUUAUUUUGGAAGUAUCGUUUAUGGAAUGUAAGAGAAUUAUUUGAGAAGACAGAUUCAUGGUAUGAUGGUUUUUCAACAUUUUACGUCAACAGCGAUGGGGUUAUUUAUAAACAUGUCGCAGAUAAAAUGAUGCCCGAUUCUGAAAAUGAGGUGUUAAAACAACAAAGUCCAAUAGAUACAGCUAAAUUGGCGCUUAUGGUUGGAACUACUUUACCAAGAUUUUCCCAUUUGAACACUGUAACGUAAUUGCAUUUUUUUAUAGAAGGUUGUUUCCUGUCCCCACUAUCCUUUUUUUUUAUUAGUUAGUUUUAAUUUAUUAUUAUUUUCGAGUACAUAUAAGUAUUACAUGCUAUUUGAGAAUGAUUUUACUUAGGCUCGUGAGAGAAUUGUAACUGUAAUUACAUGUUGAUGAUGAAAAUGGUUAUGUUAGAUGGGUAUUUUGUUUCAAAAUACACUUUAUUUGAACAAAAAUUAA